CAGAAGUCACAGGCGUCACCGCGCCUUUCCACGCCACCAGCCCGGGGAAAGAGAAGGGCGGGGACCUGGCAGCAACUGGGCUACACGACUCGCAGCCAAGAGAGGCAGGGCACCUCCCCGGCUUUGCAGCGGUGACCUCCGCGGUCCUCCAGGCCGCUCGCCCUCCGGCUGCGCCCGCCCCAGGACGCCGGCGCCUGGUCCCCAAGCGACUACCUCCUGGCGUUGGCACUCCCCUCCUCCUCCUCGCUCGCCCCUCCUCCGCCUCUUCCGUUUCAGAGGGAAAGUCUGCAGCCUCCUUCUGGGCUCCGCAUCCCCGCUUAGGUAAUCCUCUUUCCUGCUUACGCCACCCCUCCCCGGUGUCCCCGCGCCAGCGUCUCCUCCUCCGCGCAUCUGGGUCCCCGCGAGCGGCGCGCGCUCCAUCGCCUCCGCGGAGGGCAGCCGAGAGCCAGAGGAGCCAGAGGGCGGGGGAACCUUUAGAAAUGUCAGACAUCCUCCGGGAGCUGCUCCGCGUCUCCGAGAAGGCUGCUAACAUCGCCCGGGCAUGCCGGCAGCAGGAGGCCCUCUUCCAGCUGCUCGUGCAGGAGAAGAAAGAUGCGGAGAAGAACAAGAAGUUCGCAGCAGACUUCAAGACCCUGGCGGACGUGCUGGUGCAGGAAGUCGUAAAGCAGAACAUGGAGAAUAAGUUUCCAGGCUUGGGGAAAAAAACUUUUGGCGAAGAAUCCAAUGAAUUUACAAAUGAUUUGGGGGAAAAGAUCACCGUGGAGCUGCGGUCCACGGAGGAGGAGACAGCAGAGCUUCUCGGCAGAGUCCUGGAUGGCAACGUGCCGGCGUCUGAAGCGCUGGCGAAGGUGGUGCAUCAGGAUGUGGACCUAACUGACCCCACUCUGGAGUCCCUGGAGAUCAGGGUUCCACAGGACAUUCUGGGGAUUUGGGUGGACCCCAUAGAUUCUACCUAUCAGUAUAUUAAAGGUUCUGCCGAUGUGAAAUCCAACCAGGGAGUCUUCCCCAGUGGGCUUCAGUGUGUGACGAUUUUGAUUGGUGUCUAUGACAUACAGACAGGCGUGCCCCUGAUGGGGGUCAUCAACCAGCCUUUUGUGUCUCAGAAUCUAACUACUCUAAGGUGGACCGGGCAGUACUACUGGGGCCUCUCUUACAUGGGGACCAACAUCCAUUCCCCGCAGAUCGCCCUCUCUAAAGGGACCGGCGGUGAAACCCAGACUGAAAACUCAGACGGGGAGAUCUCCCGCCCCCUUUCCGCAGUCAUCAGUACCAGCGAGAAGGAGACCAUCAAAGCGGCACUGUCGCGAGUGUGCGGAGGCGGCGUCUUCCCGGCAGCGGGGGCAGGCUACAAGAGCCUCUGUGUAGUCCAAGGCCUGGUUGACAUUUACAUCUUCUCAGAGGACACCACGUUCAAGUGGGACUCCUGUGCCGCCCACGCCAUUCUGAGGGCCAUGGGUGGGGGCAUUGUAGACAUGAAAGAGUGCUUGGCGCGAAAUCCCAAACCGGGGCUGGACUUACCACAGUUGCUGUAUCACACGGAAAACAAAGGUGCUUCCGGAGUGGAUCUUUGGGCCAACAAGGGAGGACUGAUAGCCUAUAGGUCCAGGCAUCGGCUGGACACUUUCCUGAGCUGCCUCAUCCAAAACCUCGGGCCUUUGAAGACACAGACAUAGGGCUCUGACCUCAACUCGCCCUAAAGCUGAACCUAACCCCUUUGUGCUGUCUGUCUCUCCAAGAUAGCUCUGCCUUGUUGUUUAAUGUUCCCUUGCCUCUUUUCAGAAACAUUUUCCAGUUAUGUGUUUAUAAUAUUAAUUUCUGUAAAUUAUGACAUUCAAGUCACAACUAAGUUGGUAUAUGAUAUUCUUACAGGGAACCUUGUUCUGUUAAUGUUGCUUGGAACCCUUCAAUAAAAUUCCAAGCAGGAGUGAAAUUGCCCGGCUGGAGUAGCAUGGCUGAAUACCCAGCUGUUAGGGAGCCAGGCUUGAGCUGGGUUUUAUUUCUCGUCCUGGAGAAGAAAUCUGUGGUUUGGGCCUGAGGCAGGAGAUUCAGAACUGUGGAUCUAAAUAAUGGAGCCAAGUGCAUAGGCUUUCAAUAGUUUGUGUUUCUCCUUUAAAAUAAAUAAGUAAAAGCUCGAUUCGGAGGCAGGGAAGGAAUUGGAAAUCAGAAAUAAAAAGGAGAGAUACGCAGAGACUGGAGAAAGCAUGCAGAGAGAGAGAGAGAGGAGAGAGAGAGAGAGAAUGUAUAUACAGUCAAGUGAUAGCUAAUUUCCUACCAUAGAUCAAGCAGAAGAGGGGUAUGUGUGUGUGUGUGUGUGAUAGCUAACCUCCUACCAUAGGCCAAGCAGAAGAGCUGUGUGUGCGUGUGUGUGUGCGUGUGUGCGCGCGCGCGCACGCGCAUGUGUAAAUGUAUAUGCAGGAGUGAUAGCUAACCUCCUACCAUAGGGCAAGCAGAAGAGGUGGGGCAAAGAGCUCCCCCUGUUUUGCAUAGUUAUUUACUCUCUACUGCAACCCCAGUGUGACCCUCUGUUUUGCCACACUAACGACUCUUAGAGCUGUACAGUGUCCUUCCGCAACCCAGGUCACCCUAAUGGUGUCCACUGGAGGGAUCAAGCGAACCUUCAGCCGGCUGCAGUCCCUCCGUGCUCUCUGGGUACUGAUGGAUGUUUCUACGUUAAUAUUACAAUCCCAAGUUACUGGGAGGAAGUCAGACCUGUUUGUUCCUUCCGUUAUUCCUAAACUUGAGAAAUGAAUUGACAAAUAAUGUAUGUAUAUUUAUGUUGUACACCUGUGAUUUCUUUGAAGUGCGCAUGCUACAUGGAGCUAAUAGCAUGCCUUGUGGUGAGGAGACCAACAAAUAUUACUAGUGACCUUCCAGGAUAUGCCCCACUGUUAACUACAGUCACCAUGUUGGACGGCAGAUCUCUUGAACAUUCUAACUGAAAUUUCAUCUCCUUUUACCAAUAUCUCUUCCUAACUCCCCCUGCCUCAGCUCUAAGUGGACAAUAUUCUACUCUUCGCUCCUGAGUUUGUUUUUUAGACUGCAGAGAGAAUCCAGCUCUAUAAUGGCAAAGCUCAAAUCAGUCGUCCUUGCAGGACCUGUGACAAGCACUGAAGAACACUCAGGAUGAUUCCAGAAUGCUGACCGCUGUGGUCAAUACUAUAAUAAACAUGGAGCAUACUUCACGGAGGAACGGAAGAACAGAUUCCACAAAGCUGUCCUCGGAUCUCCACGCAGGCAUGUGUGCACCUGCAUUGUGUCCACACUCUCAUACGAUAAUAAAGUUGAAACAGUUAGAUCCUGUUCAGAACAGAGGCCCUGACCUCCGUUCAUUCUUUCUUUCCAUUGCGAUCACACACGUGAGUCCCAUAAACUCUCUGGCCUGUUGACACUUCCUCAUGGGAGAGGCAGAGAAGCUCAUGUGACUUCAUGGGAAUUUUAGGAGGUUCCCCACGGAGGUUAUGCAAAAAGAAAAUAAUGGACCAUGGCGGAAGAGGAUUCUUCUGUUGCGUAGCUGCUCAUAGUUACGGGGGGGGGGGGGUGCAAACUCCAUUCCACUCCCUGUCUUUAUGGGCAGGGCUACUUCAGAUUCAGAUUACCUCAGUUAAACGGAGUCAAACCUUUGUGUCUAUUUUGUGAGUAGCUAAUUUCACUUACCAUGUUACAUGUAUGUCAGCAUUUCCCCCUUGCUAAGGCUGAGUGUUAUUUCAUUGCCUGUGUUCUGCCGUUUUUGUUUACCUUUUCAUUUCCCCCCCCAUUUCUAUCUUUGGUGGCUGUAUGCAAAGCUGUUAUGAAUGACAAAUUUCCAAAUAUUGGAUAAUAGUUUCGAUAUGCAGUAUUGUAUAUUUCAAUUGCAGUCAUGUAGAGACAAAUCGUUAAUCACAGUUGAAGGUAGGGAGGAUUAUAUAAUACUUGAUCACAGAAGCAAAAAUUAAAAUGUUAUGCUGAUCUGGGGGAAGCAGAAAUAACUUUUUCUGAAAACAAAGCUCGUGAUCACUGAAUAUUUUGUGAGCAUUUCUGAUAAUUUAUGUACAUCUAUUCCUAGAAUCAUGCUUUUAUGGGUGUCGAAUAAUCACCACUAUCAAAAAUUAUUCUAAAUGUGUCCUUAAAAUAGUGUAGUAAGGGCUGGGCAGAUGAUGGCUCAGUGGAUACAGUUCUAAAUAUGAAAAUCUGAAUUUGGGUCUCUGUACGACACAAGAGCCAGGUGUGGCAGCUUGCAUAACCCUGACUCCGGGGCUGGAGUGAGUGAAACGAGAGAGAGAGAGAGAGAGAGAGAGAGAGAGAGAGAGAGAGAGAGAGAGAGAGACCAUGGAGGUUGACCAGAUAGCCUAGCCAAACACAGUUGAACUUUAAGUUCAGUCUCCUAGUUAGCAACAUCUUCCAACUGACAGCCCAGAGUUAUCUGGGGGAGUCUCAGCUGGGGGAUUGCCUUGAUCGAUUGGCCUGGGGAAUAUUUGUAGAGAUAUUUUCUUUUCUUUCUUUUUUGUUUUUUCAAGACAGGGUUUCUCUGUGGCUUUGUAGCCUGUCCCGGAACUAGCUCUUGUAGACCAGGCUGGCCUCGAACUCACAGAGAUCUGCCUGCCUCUGCCUCUGCCUCUGCCUCCCAAGUGCUGGGAUUAAAGAUGUGUGCCACCACUGCCCAGUGGAUAUUUUCUUAAUUGCUAAUUGAUGUAAGGUGCCCCAGUCCAGUGCGGGUGGUACCAUCCCUCAGCAGAUAAGCAGAGCAGAUGCUAGAGAAAACAGUAGGCAGCUUUUCUUCAUGACUUUUGCUUGAGUCCCUGCCCUGACUCCCUUCAGUAAUUUGUCUGUAACCUCUAAGAUGAAAUA